AUGGCUGGCGCUGCAGUGACAUAUCCCGUGCUACCGGAGAAGCUUUUGAUCAUCUCACUGAAGAUGUACUUCACGCCAUUGCGCACUCUGCAAUAUCUCCGCGAUCUGCUAGACCCAAAGAAUGAGAUUGUCGUGGCAAAAAAUCGCUCGAAGCUUCUUCUAGCCCUGAUUCCCGAUUUUUUGACCGUCUACCCAUCCGCUGAAAUCAUUCGUGACUGGGCGGCGAAACUGCCCAAGGAGCUUAAUGAAUCAAGCUUGCCACCUCCGUUUUUACUCGGUGGCCAGGACGCCUUUUGGGAGCCUCUAGGCGCUUACACCGGUGAGGUGUCGCCUCAGGCUCUUGGCGAGGUCGGCGCUUCGAUCGUGGAGUUGGGACAUGCAGAGCGACGCUCUAUCUUUGGGGAGACAGAUGAGAUCACAGCCAAAAAGGCAGCAGCAGCUUCAGCGCAAGGUUUGAUUCCUCUCGUGUGCAUUGGAGAAAUAAGCGCACCCGGGGAGGUUGCAUCCCAGGCUGUUGGAUUGGCCGUCCGUGAAUGCGAUGUUCAGAUUCAAGCAGUCUUGAAGACGCUUCCUGCUCAUGCCCCGGUCAUCUUCGCCUAUGAGCCCGUAUGGGCAAUCGGCCAGCCGCAGCCUGCAGGAGUCGACCAUGUCUCUGCCGUCGUAGCUGGUAUUCGCAAUGCAAUUGGAAAACGAGAAGGCGAUGUCAGAGUAUUGUAUGGCGGCAGUGCCGGACCAGGUCUCUGGAGCCAGGGGGGCCUUGGCAAGGCUGUCGACGGUAUGUUCCUGGGACGAUUCGCUCACCAAGUCGAGGGAGUCCGCAAAGUCGUCAGGGAGGUCGAGGAAACCCUAAUUUAA